AUGGACGCCAGCGGGAAGUUCUUCUUCUUUUUUCUUGCUUUUCUGGCGACCGCAGAGACGCAGGAGCUGCAGGUGGCAGAGAACAACGCUGUGGGUGACCUGGUAGAGACCCUCAUCUUGGAGGAGGGCGUCACGGCCUCUCUGGUUGAUUCCAAUGUCCCUUUCAUUCUGGAGGGAAACCGGCUGCUGGCCAGUCAGGUUCUGGACUUUGAGACAAGUCAAAGCCAUGUGGUUAAGGUUUCUUGCAGUAAGAAUGAUCCUAAUAUCACACCGCUAAUCCGCAUCAUCUUAGUAUUUGUCCUGAAUGUGAAUGACAACGCUCCAGUCUUUGAAAAGAGCACUUACCACAUCGACAUCAACGAACUGUUAAAAGUGGGGACGGUUAUUGGUGCGUUUCCCGCUACGGACCGGGAUGCGGACACUACCCUCUACUACACGCUGACAUCAGAAUCGAAUUACUUGAGACUGGAGUCGGAUGAAAACCCAGAACUGGUCAUUCAGAACAUUCUGGACUAUGACAAAGUCCAAAGUGUUCAGCUGGUCUUGCGCGCUCAAGACACGCCGUUGUCAGGAUCUGCCGGCGAUGUCUCAUUCACCGCUACAACUACCAUUGAAGCGAGAGUAGUCGAUGUGGACAACAGACCGCCCUGGUUCCAGCCUUGCGAUAGAUACGAAGUAGCUGGCGCGGUCAUAUGCCAGAGCAACGGAUACACCAGCCAGGUGUACCUGAAUGAAAUGCAGGCCGAGCCUCUAACGCUGAAUCCGGGUCCGCUUUACGCUAUCGAUGGCGACGUUGGGAUAAAUGAGGCUAUAGUCUACAGCUUCCUGGGCGAAACUGAAGAGGGCCUGUUCGAAAUCAACGCAAACACAGGCGACAUCAGCAUUAAGAGGGCAGUCGACGUGUUAGGAAACAUCAGUCUGACAGUUCUGGCUGCCCAGACACCGACAAGUUCUCAGUUUACCACCACAACGCUCACGGUUAGUGUUCAAGUAAAGACGCUCCACAAACCAAAAUUUGAGAGGGAAAGUUAUCAGGGUGUGGUUUCGUCAGUGGGUGCAAUGGCAACAGACCCAAACAACAAUGAUGAGCCACUUCAGAUUGUUGCCUUGGAUGAGGAUUACGCCAGCAUGGAGGGUAAAAACCCUCACAUUGUCUAUCGAAUCAUCGGAAGCGAUGACUUCUCUAUCAUUCAGGGUUACCUGUUCAUGACCAAGGACCUCCCGGAGGACACGUUAUCUUUGCAAGUGGAAGCAGUGGACACGUCCAAUCGCGAGAAGGCAGUGGCAACGCUCUCUGUGGAGGUGAAAACUGGUCUCACCACCACCGCUUUGCCUUUGAGCACCACCAUUGUGACCAGCCUCCCAACCACUGAUGGCAGAACCACGGACCAAACCACCACCGACCCUGGUACCACCACAGAUGGCAGAACCACUGAACCAACGAAGUCCACCACCAACCCCAGUACACCCACUGACAGCAGUGUCUCAACUGAUGUCACCACAACCAGCGAAAGUUUUACUUCCGCCGCAACAGAAUCAUCGAUGACAUCACAGUUUACCGACAGUCCCACCAGCACUGCAGACCCUUUCACAGAGGAGGUGCCUAUCCCACCGGGCGGUUUCGGGCCGGAGGACAUGGCGGCGCUAGGGGCAACUCUAGGCAUUCUUCUCUUCGCCUGCGUGGUGGUCAUUGGAGUGCUUGUUUGUCGGCUCCAGAGGGGAAAAGCCGACUGGAAGAAGAUCCACGAAGCCAGCAUUUUCCGAAGCUCUCUGGGCCAGGACUUGGGUGGUGAGAAGCAGGGCGUCCAGUACACGAAUGAAGCUUUCCAGCAUGACAAUGAUGAUGGCAGUGUAGGCUCUGGAAGUCCGUAUGUCAUGAACGCUGAAGAGGGGCCUACGGAUAACUCUGUUUUUAAGUCCAGUGUGGCGACACUGAGCACUCUCCUGGAAGGUGACAAUAUUAGUCAGGAGAGCUCCGAUAAAGAGAAGGAGGUAAAGCCAAUCCUGACCAAAGAGCGUCGCCUGGAGGAAGGCUACAAGGCUGUUUGGUUCAAGGAGGACAUUGACCCAGACGCCAAAGAGGAGGUGGUCAUCAUUCCCGACAGCAGAGAAGAUGACAGUGGGGAUGAAGAUGAUGAGGGACCCGCUAAACCCUCAAAAGUGGGCUUUACCGAAUCUGACAUGGACAGCGGACUGGGAGUGAAGAUAGAGGAUCCAGCAGAGGACUCGGAUGGUGGCAAUGAUCUGAAUGUCAACCUCUGA